UCAAUUUGAAGCUCACCGGACAGUCAUGGUUGGGUCCGGCGGGUGCAAGAAUGGUGCAUGGUCCAAUAUAUCGACGUCUGAAUUUCCGAAGCGUGUCAGCUUCGGGCUGGAAGUGACGUGCGUCGACAAGAACCUCGUCGCCAACUUUGAAGGGAUGAUCGAUGCGAGAGUGGUUAGCGCGAGUGGUCAUGCGAGCCUGGGAGUCAGUAAUGCUUUCACGAGCCUUGCUAAGAAGCGCAUCCAUCUCCUUUACCCAGUCAUCGAGGGAAGGGCAUUUGGUGUCGGGAUGGAUCUGAGAUGGACGGAGAAGGUUUUGGAACAUCGUGUUCAUAGCCGUCUGGAAAGUGGCGGGGGCGUUACGGAGACCGAAAGGCAUGACGGUAAACUCGUAGUGCACGAAACGAGAACGAAAAGCGGUCUUGGGCUGGUCCUUCUCGGCUACGCGGAUCUGGUGAUAUCCGUUACGAAGAUCGAUCUUCGUGAAGAAAUGGUGGCCGGAGAGGCGGUCAAACAGGUCAUCCGCGCGAGGCAUGGGAUAGCUAUUUUUGACCGUGUAGUGGUUCAGACUGCGAUAGUCAAUACAGAGACGAAGGAUGCUGUCCUUCUUGCGAUCGAAGAGGACCGGGGCAGUCCAUGGGGAAGUACCCGGUUUAAUGAAGCCCUGGCGAAGCAGCUCCUCAAGUUGGCGCUCGAGUUCCUGGGCUUUGGGAACCGAAAGGCGAUAAGGGAUGCGAUUCUGAAUGCGAUAGUUUGGCUCGAGCUGGAUGUGGUGCUCGAUACCACGCAUGGGAGGAAUGCUGCUGUAGGAGACGGAUACGAUCCGUGUGAUCGGGUCACGGGUAGGCAUCGGGCGAGAGAAGUACUGUUGGAGAAAAUCACGAAACUCCGCGUACGUCAUGCUCGCGUGAACGCCCUACUGAGCACGAAGGGCGAGAAAGUCGCGCCAAGUGGAAGCCACUCGACCGAUGAAGCGGGCAGACAUCUCCGUAGGCCACAAGUCCAUGUUUACCCCAUGGUACCGAAGUUGCUCCUCGGAUGUGGUGAUCCAGCCCUGGAGUUCAGAGGCCUUGCCAUCGAACUGGGGGACUCUGUCGGGGUGGUACCGAGGUACAUAAGGCGGGGGCUGGUAAUGAGGAGGGAGGGGGAUGGCACACUGCGACAAGAGGACAGAAGAACUAGGGGUACCCGCAGGGGCACUAGACAAGGCAGGAAGCUAGGGCAAAGGGCCGUGAGACAAUGUGGUGGUCGGUGGAGGAAGGGUAAAGUGCAUCGCAGCGGCCUGUGUCUGAUGCUGUCGGUAGAUGAAAGGGGCAGCAGGCUGUGCCAUGAGGUGGGGAGGAAGGGGUUGACCUCCUUGGAGUUGGCGGAUGUGAUCAUGGGCCAGGACACUUCAUCGGGCAAGUCACGCGGUAGGAGCCAGGGCACGAAGGGCAGCAAGUCGGCAUCCACAGCCGGUAAGGUGACUGCAGCAGCUGGAGUAGUGCCGGCGUCGAGAAAGGCGCAAGCUUGGAUGAUGAACGUACCUGGUCGCGUUGACGGGCCAGGUGCAGCUGCAAGAGCGAACUUGGAGAUGGUUAUCCGCGGAGAUAAAAGCGCGGCUUUGAGAGCCAAAAAUGAUUCCCGCGCCUCCUCUCCGAAGUCAAAUGUGGAAGACGACGACAGUGACGGGACGAUGAUUGCGGGGGAAGAUGACUGUGGGGAGGAGCGGGUGGAAGAUGGCGACGGGAAGGUGGGGCAGAUGGAGGAGGGCGACGAUAGGGAGGAAAGAGGACAGGAAGGUGGAGACGAUGGAGGAGGGAAGGUGGUGGAGGAUAUGGAGGGUUGUUGUGGCGGCCAAGCUCUUGGCUCUCGCACCAUGCUCCAUCAGGGGAGGCCCAUCAAAGCAUCAGCCAAGGCAACAACAGCAGAAUCUGCAGCAGAUGAGGAAGCAGUCACAGAUGGAGGGGUCCCAUCCUGGGAUGCUGCAUCAUCAUCUGAACUGGAAGCUGCAGCAGCAAACAGGGAACCCUUCCUCCUCCUUCGCCCCUUUGAGGAGGGUCCCUUUCUUCCUUCAGAAGGUGCUUUCUGGACAUGGAGUUUGGACUCCUGGUCCAGGGUUGCUCUGCCAAAGGACCGCCGGUCCUUGUGGCCCUGAGAGAAUAGUGCAAGCUGGAAUUGCUCAGGCGCUGCCCUAAGGAAAUGAAUGAGCAGAUCCUGC